GUUUGAUUGGUUGAUUGAUUGGUCGGUGUGGUCGCUCGUUCGCGGGCGAUGAUAUUGUAGUAGAGCUUGGAGGAGGAGGACAAGGGAAAAGUGGUUGUUGCGGGCUGCGGGUCAUUCGAAUCGAAGCAGUAACUGGUGACGGAGACCGAGGGUCUGUCGUUAGUUCCGCUCUUCGCUCAGUUUGUGACAGUCGUGGUUAAGCGCGAAAAGGCUUCCUCCCUCCUUUGGUUCGGUCUCCGCAAAAUCAAAUGCAGACAGACUGGGGAAGUUUUUUCUCGUUUAACCACCACUGUCUUCUCUCGUCUGGUCUUCCUUGUCUUAUAUACCGUGAAGGGAGGGGGUCGCGUGUGGAUUGUGCUACUCGUUGGAUGUCAUGAGUCAGGGGAGGCAUGGGUAAAAGGGCGCGAGACGACGGUGGCGGCGACACCUUUUCUAUUCCUACAGGUUCUCCAUAGCUUCCUAAUAAACAAAUCGUUUCUGUGCAAGUCACAAACUCUCUCUCUCUCUCUCUCCCCAUCUGUGGUGCUGAUACGUCUCUCUUCCACUCUCUCCUCACUUCUCAUGCAUUCUGUCUUCUGCGGCGCUCUCAGAGAGUCCGCGUUGCACAGAGCAGCAGCUCUGCAGACGUUGGCAAAUACCUCCUGCUUUUUCCUCUCUCGUGUUCUCGCCUUGCGACUCUCCCGCGUGUGUCUGCGCUCGUUCGCGCCAUAUCCGCCCCCCCCGCCUUUCCCUGUAUUCUGUCGCCUUGGCUAGGAGAGGACCUGGCGGGCUGUCGUCAUUGCCGCGUCAUCGGGGUGAAGGCAGGGGGGAAGCGGGGGUAGGCGCGGGGCGGCGUGGCGCGGCGCGAUUGCGGUGGGGUCGGGGAAGCGGCAGAAACAGGAAAGCUUUAACAGGACACUCUUCUUCUUGAAUGGAUGAUGUGAUUCGACGCCCCGAGGCGGACGCCGGCGGGGAUGAAAGAAACCGUUCUGCCCUGGUGUUGACCCAGGGGGAAAGGGCGGCGGGGUUGGCAGGCGGAAGCAUCACACCGCAGUGUAGCCGCCGUCUGUUCUCCAGUUUAUCCCCCUCCACCACGGGGGCGUCUCCGCCGUCGACCUCUGUCCUGCUCCAGUCUUCAUCUGCGUUCGCGACGUCGCAAUCGGGAUCUCCUUCGCCGAGGAGUUACCGAAGCACUCAAGUUGGCGCGCUUGCGGAGAACACAACCUCCUCCGGGUUGGGAGGGGGGGGGGGGGGGGGGGGGGGGGGCGGGAGUGGGAGGCGGAGGGGGUGGCGGGGGAGAGGUUAUGGAAGCGGAGCCCACGUCUCCUAGGGCAGAGAAUCUCCUUGCAGCUGAGAGGAGCGGUGUAGGAGGGGGAGGAGUCGCGGGAGGAACAGGAACUGCUACCUCCAGUCCUGGAGGAAGCGUGGGGAGUAUUACUCCUGGGCGAUCGACAAUCAAUCUACCGACCGGUAUGACAAGAGAAGCUAUGAGGUUGGACACGGGAACGACGGUACCCCGUCCGUUGAGAUUCGGCGUCGGGUCGCCGUUGAAGUCGGUGACGUCAUCCGUGACGUCGGGAUCGUCGGGCGUGACGUCGUUGACGUCAGCGUCGCCGACUAAGACGACAUACAGUGAUCGGUUCAUACCGAGCCGGUCGGCGUCCAAUCUGACGGGCUUCGCGCUGCUGGACAAGUCGCCGACCGGAAACGGAGUGGUGUAUUCAAUGGACCAGAGGGAGGACGGGGCGGCGGCAUACUCGAUGCUGUUGAGGAGCGAGUUGUUGGGAGCGGACAGCGCGCCGACGACCCCUGACAAGUCAGCCGGAGGGGGAGGGAACAUGGCCAGAGGGGAUAUCAUUCGCUCGCCCAUGAGUCCCAAACGGAACCUCUUUAGGUUCAAAUCCGAUAAUCGGGGGAACGCUACUUUGGGCCCAAGCAAUGGGAGGCCGGAGUCGCCGUACUCCCUCUCACCAGUCGGUGUCGAUGGGGCUUUAUCGGGGACGGUAACUAGUCCGCGACGAGCUCCACGCAAAAUCGCUAGGUCCCCAUUCAAGGUAUUGGAUGCCCCAGCUUUACAAGACGACUUUUAUCUCAACCUGGUUGAUUGGUCGUCCCACAAUGUGCUUGCUGUUGGAUUAGACAAGUGUGUCUACCUGUGGAGCGCCUGCACAAGUAAGGUGACAAAAUUGUGUGAUCUUGGGCCGAAUGAUGGAGUUUGCUCUGUUGGAUGGACGCAGAGGGGUACAUAUCUUGCGGUUGGCACAAAUCUUGGUGAAGUUCAGAUUUGGGAUGCUGGUAGAUGUAAAAAGGUGCGUACGAUGGCUGGGCAUAGGACAAGAGUGGGAACACUGGCUUGGAGCUCACACAUUCUUUCAUCGGGGAGUCGUGACCGUAACAUUCUGCAACGAGAUGUGAGAGUGGCGGAGGAUUUUGUCAGUAAAUUGACGGGACACAAGUCGGAGGUAUGCGGAUUGAAAUGGUCUUAUGACGAUCGGGAACUAGCAUCUGGAGGCAAUGAUAACCAGCUUUUUGUUUGGAAUCAACAAUCAACCACUCCAGUACUGAAGUAUGGAGAUCAUACUGCUGCUGUGAAAGCCAUUGCAUGGUCUCCGCACCAGCAUGGUCUGCUUGCAUCUGGUGGCGGUACAGCAGAUCGAUGUAUACGGUUGUGGAAUACUGCUACGAACACGGCUAUAAGCUGUGUUGAUACUGGGAGCCAGGUGUGCAAUCUUGUUUGGUCGAAGAAUGUGAACGAACUUGUGAGCACACAUGGCUAUUCGCAAAAUCAGAUUAUUGUGUGGCGGUAUCCUGCAAUGUCGAAGCUUGCUACUCUGACAGGGCACACGUUAAGAGUGUUGUACCUGGCUAUUUCGCCUGACGGACAGACUAUAGUAACAGGUGCUGGUGAUGAGACACUUAGAUUCUGGAACGUCUUUCCGGGGCCGAAGUCGCAGGGCUCUGUCAAGGAUUCUAGCGUAUGGACACUCGGAAGGGCACAUAUUCGAUAGCAGCCGAAAACACUGUUAGGCGAGGAAGAUGGGCUAUUGUAGCCUGAUGGGAUGGAUGUGUGCAAGGGAUAGUUUUCUGUGAGCAAUGCACGAGGACCAGUGAUGUGAGUGGACUUUGUUGGGGUCCACAUCUGGGAAAGCAACGACACUUGUCUUGUGCAUCUGUUGACCCUGCUAGAUGACUGGAUAAGAUGUAAGCAAGCAAUUGUUGAGUAUCAGGAAUGACAUGACAGUGAAGAUGUUUUGGUCUGCUGUGGCAUACGCGUGGAAGGCUUGGCGCUGAACAGGUGGGCAUGGAUCUGAUUCAAAUGAUUGCUUGUGUCUUUUAUUUCCACCAUCUAGGAGAGAGAGGAGAGAGUCGGCGCCAGGCAGUAUGGUCUUGUGAAAGAAUGCGAUCAGCUUGGAAGCCGUCUGCGCUGCAGGAGAGAGUGUUGAGGGAAAGGGUGCACACAUUUUGUGGGCAGGCGAUCAUGAUGGUCUCAGGAGUUAUUAGAUGUGUACAUGUAAAUGGAGGAAUGCCUUUUUCUUUACCACACCUUGGAUAUUCUCGUUUGCCCUGGUUGUGGUUGCUGUCAGGGUAGCAGUUUCGUCGUUUUUGUGCCCUUGUUUUUCUACUUUUUUCCUUCUUGAAUGCAUGGAAAUGUCCCGGGGUUACGCAAGGAGUGCCAUAUUCUUCUGUGGUUGUCCUUGCACACUUUCCUCACUGUCCAUCCUCUUUACAUGAUGUUGAUUCCCGGUGCGAUGCAGUUGGCUGGGAGGUGCAAGGUGUUCGUUGGAGGAAUUAGCAUGGGGAUAAUCAUGUGCUUGCCCUACAGGUGAAUUGGCUGGAGGGUAUGGUCAUUAUGUAGUACAAUUGCUUGGGACGGCAUGCAAAAUACCAUGAAAUGUAGUAGGUGUAGAUUUGGAGAUGGAAAAAGGAAAAAGGUCCUUGUUUAUCUGGAGUUGUUUCGACGCUGGAGACUUCAGGUGUGAAGGGUGUGUUGGACGUCGACGGCCCUGAAAGAGGCGUUAUGGGGUAGGGACUUUGGAAUUUGACAGAUACUCAUUCGGAGUGAAGGCAGCUUUUCCCUGCUGCCGCGUCUUAGCACAGCGACAAGU